AUGCUCGAUCCUCCUUCAACUCCUCCCACUGGUCUUCGAGCACUAAUCAUUUAUGACAUUUAUCAAUGGAAAACUAUGGAAAAAUCAUACGAGAACUACAGUAAUCUGUGUGAUUCGCUGAGAAUCGAGAAUAUUUCAUUCGGAGAUUUCGAGUAUUGGUUCAAUAGAUAUUCCAAAGAAUAUUACUAUUCUGUUAAGAAUGGAAGAAGUCUUCCAUUACUAGAUAUCUCUGUGUGCGUGUUAUCUGAUUUUAUCAAUGGAAAAUCGGCUGAAAAUUCCUAUAAUGAGAUUUCUGAAGCCUUUGGAGAUGGUAUUGUGAAGAAAGAGGAUUUCGAGAAAUGGAGAAAUUCAUUUUCGAAUGAAAAGAGGCGAUUGAAUGAUAAAGAAAGAUCCCUCGAAUUCUGUGAUUUGUCACUCGACGCCGUCGGUCAAAUCGUGGAAUCUCUCGAUUUCCGAACCCAAUCGAUUUUUCGAAAAGUCUCUCGAGACCUCCGGGAUCUAGUAGAUCAACGAAAACCGUCGAUCAACUAUAUGUCUGUGUCAUUCGAAAGGAAUCAGUUAGUGAUUAGUUCCCACGAAAAUCAAGUGAUCUACACGAAUUCCACGUGGAGGGCGAAAUGGGCGGGACGGAGAAAUGUGAGAAUCGUCAGGAGCGCCGGAGACGACGACUAUUGGAAGAGAGCAUUCGACGACGUGGCACUCGUUUUUCGGAAUCCGAAAUUGCAUUUCGACAGACUUUGUAUCAAUUUCGAUCCGAUUUUCGAUGAGUCCGACGUCUUCAGAAUCCCAAAACACACACUGAAAUCUCUUCUCGACUCUCUGAAUUCCAAAAUUUCCGUCCGCACACUUCAGAUUGAAAUGAGAAAUGAAGACGAUCUGAUGACGAUUCUACCGUAUCUGAAACCACGAAAAAUCGAUAAUCUGAUUCAGAAUGACGCCUCCAUUUCGUUCUCUCCACAUCUCCAAAUUUCGAAUCAUGUACAAUUACGGCUCAAAAUUGCCCCGACUAUGAGAAUGUCGUUGAAAUUCUCCAAUUGA